AGUGAGGCUCGAGUACAGUAGCCUAUUGACGUGGGCGUAGCUAUUUCUGUUCCAAAAUGGCAGCGGCCACCAAUGGAGCUACCAAUGGCAAGGACCGCAGUCGCUCACCAAGGAAGGAGCUGAAGGACCCAUCCAAGCUCACUGAGAAGGACUUGCAGGAUGGAUUCUCAGCUCAAGAGAUCUUCAACUCGAACACGAACAUGAGCGGCUACACCUACGAUGACCUUAUUUGCCUGCCUGGCCACAUCAACUUCGGAGUGCACGAUGUGUGUUUGUCUUCUCGCUUCAGUCGCAAGAUCCACUUGAAGACGCCCAUCGUGUCCAGUCCCAUGGACACCGUCACGGAGUCGAACAUGGCCAUCGCCAUGGCCUUGGAAGGCGGAAUCGGGGUGAUUCACACCAACCUAAGCAUCGAGGCACAGGCGAAUGAAGUGGCUCGUGUCAAGAAGUACAAGGCUGGCUUCAUCCUGGACCCAGUGUGCGUGCCACCGACCAUGACGCUGGAGCAGCUUGACACCUUGAAGAGCAAGCUGGGCUUCACAGGCUUUCCGGUGACCGAGAGCGGGCACAUGGGUGCCAAGCUGCUUGGCCUGGUCACCAAGCGAGACACCGACUUCAUUCAGGACCGGCAGACCCGGCUGAGCGCCAUCAUGACGCCGGUGAAGGACUUGGUCACCGCGGAGGAGGGCAUCGAACUGCAGACGGCGAACCAGCUGCUGCAGAAGUCCAAGAAGGGAAAGCUCCCGAUCCUCACCAAGGGCGGCUUGCUGGUGGCUCUGGUGGCCCGAACGGAUAUCAAGAAGAACGUGGAGUUCCCCAAUGCGACCAAGGACCCCAACAACAAGCAGCUUCUGGUGGCCGCGGCCAUCGGCACCAGACAAAACGACCAGGACAGGGUGAAGGCGCUGGUGGCUGCAGGCGUGGAUGCCGUCAUCAUCGACAGCAGCCAGGGCGACAGCGUGUUUCAGCACCAAAUGGUGAAAUGGAUCAAGACCACCUUCCCAAACGUUCAGGUGGUGGCGGGGAAUGUGGUGACCAAGCAGCAAGCCAAGCACCUCAUCGAGUGCGGCGCGGACGCGCUGCGGGUCGGCAUGGGCAUUGGCUCCAUUUGCACUACACAAGAGGUGUGUGCAUGCGGCAGAGCCCAGGCCUCCGCAGUGUACAACGUUGCGAAGCUGGCAGCCCUCUAUGAUGUGCCCAUUUUGGCAGAUGGCGGGAUCUCCAGCCCGGGGCACAUUGUGAAAGCCUUGAGCCUCGGUGCCGGCGCCGCCAUGUGCGGCAGUUUGCUCGCAGGCACAUCGGAGACACCCGGGGAGUACUUCUACUCUGAGGACGGCAAGCGAUUAAAGCGCUACCGCGGAAUGGGCUCCAUCGACGCCAUGAAGAAGGGCUCGGAUGACAGAUACUUCGGAACCACCUCCGCGAUCAAGGUUGCUCAGGGUGUCUCUGGCACAGUCCAGGACAAGGGCAGCAUUCACAGAUACAUCCCGUACCUGACCCAGGGCCUGAGACAUGGCAUGCAGGACAUUGGAGCUCAGAGUGUCCAACAGCUGCAAUCCAUGCUCCAGGCGGGGCAGCUGCGAUUCGAGCUGCGCUCCGCCGCAGCGCAGCGGGAGGGGGGCGUGCAUGGCUUGCACAGCUUCGAGCGCAAACUAUUCGACUCCUGAGCUCGUGUACCAAUUCCUGCAUGUUUAAGCUCUCCAGAUGUCAGCAUUUCUGGACCGCCUAUCU